GCUGCCUGAAGGGAAAAAGAACGGCCGCGGGAAGUGCGCCUGCCGCCUCCCCGUCCCUUCUCCCGCGCCGCCGUCAUGAGCGUCGCCGCCCUGGUCUCGCCCGCGCUCCCGCCCGGGCCGCCGCCGCCCCUUCCUCCUCCUCCUCCUCCUCCGCCGCCGCCGCCGCCGCCGCCCCCCACCACGCUGCCUCCGGGAUCGGGCCCCGCCGCCGCCGCGGCAAUCGCCGCUGCCGCCGUUGCGGCCGCCGAGAGCUACGAAGAGGAGGAGCUGGACAGCCCGGCCGACGAGGAGGAUGGCGAGCGCAGCGGCCGCGCGCGGGACUCGGACGAGGAUACUGAGGAUGCUAGUGAAACGGAUCUGGCCAAACACGAUGAAGAGGAUUAUGUAGAAAUGAAGGAACAAAUGUAUCAGGAUAAGCUGGCAUCUCUUAAGAGGCAACUACAGCAACUGCAAGAAGGUACGUUACAAGAGUAUCAGAAAAGAAUGAAAAAACUGGAUCAGCAGUACAAGGAGAGGAUACGUAAUGCAGAACUCUUUCUUCAGUUAGAAACAGAACAGGUAGAAAGGAACUACAUAAAGGAGAAGAAAGCAGCCGUGAAGGAAUUUGAAGAUAAAAAAAUUGAACUGAAGGAAAACUUGAUUGCUGAGUUGGAAGAGAAGAAGAAAAUGAUAGAGAGUGAAAAGCUAACCAUGGAGCUAACGGGAGAUUCCAUGGAGGUGAAGCCUAUCAUGACAAGAAAAUUGAGGCGGCGGCCAAACGACCCCGUUCCCAUUCCUGACAAAAGGAGAAAGCCAGCCCCUGCUCAGCUUAAUUACCUCCUAACAGAUGAACAGAUAAUGGAGGAUCUGCGAACACUCAAUAAGCUUAAAUCACCUAAAAGACCAGCUUCUCCUUCAUCACCAGAGCACCUGCCUGCUACACCAGUUGAAUCUCCAGCGCAGCGAUUUGAAGCAAGGAUAGAAGAUGGCAAACUAUACUAUGAUAAAAGAUGGUAUCACAAAAGCCAGGCUAUUUAUCUGGAAUCGAAGGAGAACACCAAAAUCAGCUGUGUGAUCAGUUCUGUGGGAGCCAAUGAGAUAUGGGUGAGGAAGACCAGCGACAGCACAAAAAUGAGGAUCUAUCUUGGCCAGCUACAGCGAGGGGCUUUUGUGAUUCGCCGGCGGUCAGCUGCGUGACACUCUGCACUGAUGGUUCUGUGACGUGUUAAAGACAAUCAGCUCUUUCAGAGAUUUGCAGUUGCUCUUCCUGGAUUUUGUCAGAAGAUAUUUGCCCACUCCCCCCAACUCACACACAUACACUCUCCCUUGGAAGCAGUGUUUUUUGCUGCCCACGUUAUUCCAGCUGUCCUUAUAUCUGUGUUCUGGAGUUUGGCCUGAGGCUUUAGUUUAGGUUUCCACCCACCCACCCCACUUGCUUCCAAAGACUGCUUAAGGAGAAUGUGAUACCAGUGUUGUUAAUCUUUGCAUUCUGACAUGUUGUAAAGAGUAAGCCUGGUAUCUUUUAGUCUUCAAAUUGAGCAAUACCAGCUUGGUGGGGAAAGGCCUUGAGAAGACUUAACAGCAGUUGGAAAAUCAUUGAAAGAAGAUGAAAUGAAUCCUCCUACAGUGCCUGUUGCUAUCCAGCAUGUGAAACUUUACCCCUGUAGCAGUACAGAGAAGGUGUUAGUUUUCCAAGAUCCUAAAAGUACAGUCAAUUUUGUGUAUGUGUGUGUAUAGUUAAAGAGUCCUGCUUGGUUACUCCAAAACUACUUAAAGAACUUGGUUUCCAUAGACAUGGAUGCAUUCCCAAAGUAGGGUUGUUUUGAUGUUUCCUGUGGGGGGCAAAUCCAAGGAAAGAAGGACUGGACAACGGAGGAAGGCUGUGUGUAAGCACGCAUCGCAAGUGGCCAUACCUGUUGCACACCUCACCGUGUUGUGGUCGUGACAAAUCACCUUCCUUGACCAAUGGGGUAGUCUUGUUGGAGGAGGGGCUUGCUGCAAAACGUCAUGUGCUAUUGCCAGGCCUUGGUUUUAUAUUUGGGCAGACUGAGCAUACCUGGAAGUGUAACAAAAGGGAUAAUGGCAUUAGAUGGGGGGUGCACAGUGCCUCUCUUCCAAGAGUGCUGUACUUUUUUAUGACCGGAUGGUGGCAGUGGAGUUGCUUCUAAGACACUUUUUUUAAUCUCCAGAAUCUGUGGUGUAGUGUUUGCUUUAUUCCCAAGCUUCACUGUUGGCUGGCAGUCUCCUAUGACAAUCUGGCCAGUGCAGACUGCAUUAGGACAGAGCCUAUUACAUCUUUUCCAAGUAUACCCUUCAACUGAGUUGGUUAUCAGAUGGAGCCCAGACAUCCUACUUCUGAAGCUUUCUGACUUUCCUACUAAUUGGAGUGUGCAAUGUGUCAAGUUUCUUCUCCAUUUCCUGGCAGUUUUUUGUUUAUGGACAGACAGCAGUCAGAGCCUUGAAGGAUCUUGAGGUGGAGCUCUAAGACUGGUGUUGGUUGCUCAAGCAACUACCAGUAGCUUUUUUGGAGAUUCUGCUUCUGCAUUCCCAUGAGGUCUUUCAAACCAAAUCGGUAUGUUUCAAACACGGAAACUAUACAGCAAUCUCUCCUCAUAUUAUUUUUUUAUUUUUAUGCAUUCAAUUUAAGUUGGUUCUUCUGCAAAUUGCUGAUGGGAAGUAGUUUUCCUACCUUGUUCCAGGGAGGCUAACAUUGUCUGCUCAGGAGCUGUAUGCAAAGCAAAACAUGGUGUAUCUUGGCCACAGCUGAUGCAGUGGGUGUGCUGAAAGAUUGUGUGGCAGGCUUACAAAUAUACACUUGCUGCCCUUUAGGUAAUUUGUUUGACUACAGCAGAGGGGAUGAAAAGUCAUUGAAGAAGCCAUGCUCUGCUGGAGCCCGAGUGAGUGGUAGCAUUGGGAGAGCUGAAAGGAAGCCGAGUUCUCUGCAGAUGCCUGUAGUGAUCUCUUCUGACAGCUUCACGGUUACACUCACUUGGAGCCCUCUAAACCUGUGACUUCUAGUUCGCAGACUGCUGUAUUAAGCAGACCAUAGAGAUGCAGAAACCCUUGCUUAUUUAGGAACUAGCCUUUCUGUGGGCUGCAUAUCACCAUGUCUAUCUCCAAAGAAUUAAAAGCACCACUGGACUGAAACCAAAACCAACCGUCUGCUGCAGAUUUUGAAAACGGGAUUUUUUUUUCCCUUCUAAAAAUGAUUUCUUAUCUCUUUCUUCAAAGGUCAGGUUAAGAAAGGGAGCUGCCUUAGUGGGCCAACAUAUUUGAAAGCGACUGUAUAGUCUGUGAAGAGAUGGUAUUUGUCCUGUCCUCUUGGGAAAAGAGUGCUUUUUUCAGUGAGAUGCUGCUUUUAUAUAAAUGCCUGGGAAGGCAUGGACAGUGUUAGUGGAGCCUGGAAAACCUGGCCUCGGUUUCUGUCGUGAAAUAUGCAGAAUUCAACCUUGGAGCGCUUGCUGCCACAAACUCCAUCAAAACAUAACUGGUGCCAAGAAUGUCUCAAGUUUUGCACCUAGAUGGGUCAAAUUCUGUGUGCAAAAAUCGAUGGAAAUCAAUAAAGUUUAGAGAUUUGCAGAAGCAACAUCUUUACAUUUCUUGCUUUAUUCUGCUUUUAAUCAGGGAAUUGUUGCAGCAUCGCAAUUUUUUGAGCACUGUGACAGGAGGGGGAGAGUGUCAAUCAGCCUCCCUCUCUGUACAUUCAGCAUGUUCAAGAUGACAUUGUAUGAGUGGCUUGGGGGGCUGCAGGCUGUAGCUUAGUGGUAGUCCAUGUUUUGCAUAGAGGUACCAACUUCCGUUAUCUGCCCGAGACCCUGGAGUGUCGCUGCCAGGCAGAGGGAUUACUGCUGAGUUCAGUGGACCAUGGGUCUGAUUCAGUAUAAGGUUCUUCGUGUGCUCAAGCAUUGAAGGGGCUGGCUGCUAUCAAAUUCAACAAAUUGGAACACCGUGGCUUCUGUGAUUUGUUAUGUUUCUUGUCCUUAAGACAAGUUUCUUAAGCCCUUACGGUUGUGAUACAAAACAUGGGGAGACUUCAGUCCCAUGCUAUAGCUAUUUCCCCCUUUUCUAUCUAAAAACUAGUUUAUGCAAAAUAAGGGAAAUUUGCAUAAUUCAUGUGGGUUGUAUUAUUCAGCUGUUGGUGCAACAUUUAGCAAGGAGUUUGAUGCUUGGCUAUAUC